AUGUCAGAUGAAUUGAACAUUGAUGGGGUAGUUAGAGAUAUCGUACUGUUAUACUCAUCCAGCAAUGCCUCGGAGAUUCAUGAGUUGCAAGAAAGAUUACAGACUUAUCAAAAAAGUGAUAUUGGAUAUCAACUAGGAUUUAAGUUGUUGGAAAAUAGCAAUAGGAAUGUAAAAUAUUUUGGAGCAUUGACAAUUACUGUAUUUUUAAAUACUCAUGACUCUUCGGCAACAUUUGGAAACUGUUUCAAUGAAAUUCUUGGAGUUAUUAUUAAGUUAUCCACUACUGAUUUCACUGCAAACUUGUUUAUUAUCAAGAAACUAUUAAGUAAUUUAUCCUUACUAUACAUUAUGAACGCAGAUAAAGCAUACUUUGAUCCAGUUUUACGUUUAUUAUCGGCGAUUUCGGGUUCCAGAGAUACUGCCAUUUCAACUAUGAUUUACCAACUACAGGAUGAAAAACAACUAGAAUUGCUACUCUUAUUUUUGUCGAUUAUAGCCGAAGAUAUUAUAAAAUCGCCAACUCAAUCUGCAAAGUUGCACACAUUAAUACAUGGUACUGUUUUUAAAUACUGCUUGGUACUAUUUGAAUAUCUUUACAACAAUUUACUGUCCAUAUCGACAAGAAUUAUACUAUUGCUGUUGGAUUUUUUGAGUUCAUGGGUCGUAUACGUUUCAGUUGCAGAAACGAAUUCCGAAGAAAGGUAUACUGAAGAUGUCCAGGUAUUUUUGCAAUACUUAUUGAAGCAACUUAAUAUUGAAACUAACAUCAGCAACAUGGAAAUUCUUAACAAAUCGUUUACAUUAUUCACUGAAAUCAUUGAUAGUAUCCCACGAAUACUAUCUCCUUUGAGAUCUACAAUUUUUGACAUUCUUUUUGGAGAUAACAAGUUUGGAGCGUUUUAUACAAAACUAAUUUGUACCAAUCAAGAAUUUAGAGAGACGUAUACUUUAGAAAUUGAAAAUUAUGUGAAUUUAGUUAUUUCAUACUUGGGAUUGAAUUUGGUUUUGAUUACAAGAAAUAUUUCUGACGUUAAUGUUCUUAAUAUUAUACAAAUGACAAUGGCCCUUUCAAGUAUACCAGGCAUUCCAACAGAAGAUGAGAAUGUUAGUGAGCAGCUUAUUGUGUUUUGGGAAGAUUUCACAGAAGCUUAUAUUGAUGACCAAGAGGUGACAAAAACCCUAUUUACAGAGGAACAGGACCUAGCUAAGUUCAUUACUAAGAGGAAUGAGAUUUUAUUAGAAGUGAGCCGUAUUUUUUUCAAGAAAGUGCUUUAUUAUCCAGGAGCAACUAAAGAGUUUCGCUUGUAUAGGAACUCUGUUGCGGAAUUGUUUGGCUCGCUUUAUUCAUUAUUGGGCGUUUCCUUGUAUUCGAGUAUCUGUGAUUUGAUAUAUUUUAACUUAGAUCAGCAGAACAAAACAAUAGACUCUUUUCAGAAUUUGGAAGCUGGGCUCUACUUGAUUUAUAAAAUCACCGCAGAUAUUUACUUUCAUGAUGAUCAUGAAGAAGAUAAUUUUGGUAAGGUGACAUUGACACCUCUAAUAAAUGAAAUGUUUAGCAAAGAUUUGGUGCAGGUGGUUAAAGGUGCCCCUGAAGUUGCAACCAAACAACUCAAAAUUACACUUUUGAACAUGAUGUCUAUUUUGCCUUUUUUUUACAAAAAUGAAAUAGGAAGUCAACAUCUUCCGGCAACUUUUGAUUUCUUAUUCGAUAUAAUUUUGAAUGGGGGGAACGAAAAUAUAUCGUUAAUGGCAUCCAGAACGGUUUAUAAAAUAUGUCAAGACUCUGAAGGGAAGUUGAUUCCCUUUUUACCAAACUUGGAGUUGAUACUUCUUGAAAUGUUAAAGAAUCCAAACUUCGAUGAUACUAUUCGAGAGAGAAUGACGUUUUCCUACAUUUCAAUUGCGAGAGCUACAAAGAAUCCAGUUGAUUGGGGCAACAGGUUGCAUGCGGUGUUGAUGGAGAUUGAAUCUUGUUAUAGUAAUUUGAAUGAGGAACUAGAAGGUUACGCAAUCAGUUUGAUUUCUUGCAUUAGCGAGAUGAGCAAUGCAAGUCUAUUACCCGAAGAUAUCGAGGAUUACUUUACUUUGGAUCAAUUAAACGUUCAUAAAGCAUACUGGAUAGAAGAUCCUUUGGAAAUACGAAACAAAGUGUUAAAGAAUCUAAAACUAUUUUCGUUGGAAACAGAUAUGCUUUCCAAAAACUCAAUAGUGACAGAAAAGUGUUGCAAUGUGUUGAAGUAUGGGUUUAGAGAAGAAAUACCUGGUCCAUUUACUUUUAGUGUUGAUAUUGUUUUUGAAUACUUGGUGGCCAAAGUCAGAAAUUGUAAUGCACAGUCCAUUCCAAUUAUUCAUGGCUUACUAGAGAGUAUUAUCAUAACCAGUUUUAAAACCGUUAGUCAAGACGCGAUUGAGAUUUUAGUACAUGGCAUAUUUAUUGAAAUUUAUACAACAAUUGUUUCAGAUGUGGAUUUAGUAAAAUCAUCUUUGGAUUUAUUUACUACAAUGCUUGAAAAACGACCAAGUUUGCUAUUACAAACGCCGUUUUUCAACGAUACAAUUAUUCCAUUUGCCAUUCAACCAUUGUAUUUGCAUGAAAUAUUUGUUGUCAAGUCAGUAAUAAAGUUCUGGAAUACUACUAUUACAUUAAAGAAAGGCAGUAGUAGUGAGCACCAACAAAUCAAGGACAUUAUGAACAGCACUAUUCAAAAUUCUACAAUCGGUGUUCUGUUGAUUGAAGCUUUGUUAUCAGGGUUUGUUCUGGCACCACGGUCGGCCGUCGAGUACUAUUUCCCGUUGUUUCGGACCUUGGUGGCGAAAAUGCCAUUGGAGGUAAAGAAUUGGAUCAGCCAUGUCUUGCUUAGCAUUUUAAUAGGUAAAGCACCUUUGGACAGCAAGGAUUCAGAAACAUUCCUCAAUAAACUUUUGUUAACAAGAGGACAAAGACAAGCUAAUGAUGUGCUCCGCGAUUAUUGGCUACAAGUAAACAAACUAACAAAUUUUAAAAAUUAG